UUUCAAUGAGAUCCUAGCAUACACGCUAUGCGCAAUAAGCAUGACUUGCGGUAACCCAUUGUUUUGGGAGCUUUCAGUCCCAAGUUGAUUCUAGCAGCUAGAUUCUACAGUAGUACAGUUUACAUUCGUUUAAAUAUUACAUAUACCACCGUUGGAAUACUUUUGUGAUACACUGUAUGCUAACGAUACACGUUCACUUUGAAUUGCAUGGUUACGUACUAAAAUCAAUAUACAGUCGACUCUCCCUUUAACGUACACCUAUCGAAAAGACGUCCUUGUAGAAAAGCUGAAAGACUACAGAAAUGAACGCACCGUACACCAGCUGGGUUGAUCGCGCUGUCCCUGUUAAGUCAGUCGUAUCGUUUGCACAGUGUCUGUUUACUGGCAUCCUUUUUCUCUCGUAACGUAUUGCAAGACGACGGUGCCAUGUGUAAAUAUGCUCACUACCAGCCAUCCAAUAACGGCAGACUUAUAUUUUAACCUGGACCUGAACUCUUCGAGCUCAGGAACCUGUCUGAGACAUGGCAUCAAAACCUCUGGAGACUGACUGGCAAGUCGCGAGACGAGGAAUUUCUCUAUUGCUUAAUGAUAAGAUAGAGGAAGCUGAUCAUCUGUUCGCGGAACGUCCUCACAGCUUUCAUAUAAAAGCUGGACGAUGCUUUGCCUUAUUUAUGAAUGCGAUUAUGACUUUCGAGGACGAGAAACUCCUGGAGGCGACGCAGCUGCUGAAGGAAAUGGAAAAGGAAUGUGCCGGUAACAUUGGCUGGCUGAAAUUAAUGAAGAGUAAAGUUUUAGGGAAGGAACAAACUGGCGAUGAUUUUAUUACCAAACUCGAGCAACAAAUUGUACUGGCGGAUACUCAAGUUUGUGCUGCUAUACUGGCAUUGCUGCAACAGGAAUUCAGUGGUUUUGUAAAAGGCGGCUGGAUGCUACGUAAAGCAUGGAGAGUCUAUCAGCAUACCUACUCACAAAUUUUGAAGCUGUAUAAGCAUACAUUCGGCGAUGGUCCUCUUUCUGAACUCGAAUCGAAUCGCAGCACCCCCUGCAAUGGAUCUUCCUUGAAUCACACACCUCUGAGCUCAUCCUCGGAAUGGUCGAUUUCUUCCUAUAAUGGUUCUUCCAGCAGUACUGCUGCAUCCUCGCCGUCAGGUCUGCGAAGCUCUCUAUCAAUGUUCCUCUCGCUCACUGGCAUCACAUCUGAACAACAGACACCUUUCGUUAAAUCAACUGAGGUGACACGAUUGAUGGCUGCUGUCAGUUUUGGAUAUGGAAUUUUUCAACUGUGCGUCAGUUUACUUCCACCUUCGUUCUUGAAACUCACCCACGUCUUGGGCUUCAAAGGCGACAGCAGCGCCGCCCUUGCGGCACUAAUGUAUGCAAGACUUAGCAAGGAUAUGAGAGCACCACUGGCUACGUUCAGCUUGCUGUCGUAUUAUACAUUUGUGAGACCAUUUUUCUCGCUAGAAGGUUCGAAGAUAAUUACGGAUGUCAAAGCAGCCGAACAACUUCUUGACGAGGUGCGGUUGGAAUUUCAAAAUUCCGCACUUUUUUUCUUUUUCAUGGGUCGAGUAGAACGGCUCAAGUCCAAUUUGAAUGCAGCCUUACUCAUGUACGGAUCAGCCGUCGAGGUUUCUAGUCAACGUGAAAUAAAAAUGCUCUGUCUUCAUGAGGUCGCCUGGUGUCAUCUUAUUUCUUUGAAUUAUAAGGAAGCACAAGAAUCCUUGAUACAAUUGCAAAAACAGUCACGCUGGUCCAAAAGCUUCUAUGCCUAUCUUGCAGCAGUCUGUUCCGGAUCCGAUGGGAAUUUCAAUGAACUCUUAUCCAUCUAUCGUGAAUUAACGAAUCUCAUAGCCAGAACAUCAAUGGAUACCCAACUUGGCUUAUUCGUCUGUCGAAGAGUUCCAAAACUUGUCGAUCGAAAUACUGGCCAACCGCAUUUGAUAUCCUAUUAUAAAUUACUCGUGUACGAGUUACUUUAUCUCUGGAACGCAAUACCGUCCUGUACCACAGAAGCCCUUGAAAAUAUUUUAACUGAAUGGUCUCAGGAACCACUUGAGGAACCAAUGCUGGGUCUAAAAGAUCUUAUAGAAGGGGUCAUAUAUUCUCAUCUUGGAGAACAAAGCGGCUGUAUGAAAUGUUUUAGGAAUUGUUUGAGACGACGCAAUUCCAUAAGAGAUAAUUGCGACGAGCAUAUUACCGUUCAUGCAAUGUACGAACUGGCCGUUCUUCUUUGUAAAUCAUACAAUGUUGAAGAAGGAAGAGGUCUGCUACAAAGAGCUCAGUCGCAAUUUAAGGAUUAUGACUUUGAAAGUCGUAUAAACGUGCGAAUACAUGCUGCCCUUAGAAAAUAUAACUGAAGAAAAUUUUGGAUAGUUUUGAGCAUAAGAAAAAAACAACGUUAUUCUUGUAAUUUUAACGAAAAAGCACUUGAUAAGAUAAACCAAACGUCCCUAUGUAGCGCAAUACUAUAGUAAAGAUAAGAGCUGUAGAUUAAUUAUUGAUUGAGAGGUA